CACGUGGUGCGGCCCCGCCGCUGCCAGCGCCGCGCGUCCCGAGCGCGCUCCGGCCGCCGCCGCUCCCCCCGCGCCCCCCGCAUGUCGCUGGCGCCGCGCCCCGCGCCCCCGCAGCCGCCCGCCGCCGCCCUCCGCCGCAGCCGCCGCUGCCGCCCUUGAUGUGGUUCGGGGCCGGGCGGGGGACAAGAUGCCGCCGUCCAAGUCCCGCAAGAUCGCGAUCCUGGGCUACCGGAGCGUGGGAAAAUCUUCACUGACGAUCCAGUUUGUGGAAGGACAGUUUGUUGACUCAUAUGAUCCAACCAUAGAGAACACUUUUACAAAACUGAUCACAGUAAAUGGCCAAGAAUAUCAUCUUCAGCUGGUUGACACUGCUGGCCAGGAUGAAUACUCCAUAUUUCCUCAGACGUACUCCAUAGACAUCAAUGGCUACAUUCUUGUUUAUUCAGUCACGUCAAUAAAAAGUUUUGAAGUGAUAAAAGUUAUCCAUGGCAAGUUAUUGGAUAUGGUGGGAAAAGUCCAAAUACCCAUUAUGCUGGUUGGAAAUAAAAAAGACCUGCAUAUGGAACGGGUGAUCAGCUAUGAAGAAGGGAAAGCUUUAGCAGAAUCUUGGAAUGCAGCUUUCUUGGAAUCUUCUGCUAAAGAAAAUCAGACUGCCGUUGAUGUUUUUAAGAGGAUAAUUUUGGAGGCAGAAAAAAUCGAUGGGGCAGCUUCACAAGGGAAGUCUUCAUGCUCAGUAAUGUAAUUCCACUGCAGAACCUGAAAACACUGGGAAUACAUUCUACCUGAAGAAGCAAAACUGCCCAUUAUCUUUAAGGAUAAACUAUGCUUCUUUUUUUUUUUUUUUUUCUUUUUUUUUUUUCCUUUUUUUUUUUUUUUUUUAAUUUUUUUUUUUUUCUUCUGUUAACCUGAAAGAUAAACAGUUGGUUUGGAGCCUUUCCCUUCAGAUUAUGUUAAACUCUGACUCCUGUGCAAAUGGCUUCACUUCCAUUUUCAAAUUUUAAGCAAUCAUAUUUUCAAUUUAUAUAUUGUAUUUCUUAAUAUUAUGACCAAGAAUUUUACUGGCAUUAAUUUUUCAGUGUAGUUUGUUGGUUAGAAUAAUCAUCAAAAUGAUGCAUAUUGUUACACUACUAUUAACUAGGCUUGGAUAUCAGUGUUUCUUUGUGUUAAAUGUAUACUUGUAAAUAAAAUAGCUGCAAACCUUAAAUGUUCUGUUUAUAAUUUUUCGUUGAUUACUCCAUAUCAACUUUUUUUCUUUAUUUUUUUGUGAAAAAAUGUUCACCUGCUGACCUUAAGAGGAGGCGUGAGAUCCUUGGAGCCUAUGGAUUGUUUGACUAUUGCUCGGGAAGUUGUUUGCGAGUGAUCCCAAACGUUUUUGCUGCUGGAACUCCAGGCUGGCCAAGCAGCUCUGCUUUGCUUUGUGCCCGGUCACGGGAAGGAGAGACAAGUGCCAGCUUUAUUUGGAAGGGAAGUCCUGGGUUUCAGUCAGAACCUGCUCUGUGUUUUUCCUCUGUAACCGUUGAGUAAAGGGUGCGCAGAGCCACCCCGAGUUCCCGCGCUACGGACUGUUCACGCGGACUUGUGACUGGCAGUGCUGUCAGGAUGGAGUGGAUUUAUCCAGGUCACAAGCGUAGACUUGUUAAGAGAACAAAAAUGUCAUUUAAAAUAAAUUGCACGUCCUGAACAAA